CUUCACCGCAAGCGGAUGCACCGAUAUCCGUCAGCUCUUCAUCCAACGGAGAAUUCUGAGAAUCAACGCGAGGCAAAUCCGUAAAUUCACGACAUUCCAGGGGCAUCUCUCAAUCCGCGUCCCCUGCUCAUUUCCCCACGCCUUUCCGCCGUCCACAUUUCCAUCGACCUCGCGAGCCCGGAGCUCAGAGACGAGGAAGCGAGAAGAGAGGGAGAGGGAGAGAUCGAGAUCAAGGUAGAGCUCGGAUCCGAUCGGUAAUGGCGUCUCAGAGAGAGCGAGAGAACUUCGUCUACAUCGCCAAGCUGGCCGAGCAAGCCGAGCGCUAUGACGAGAUGGUGGAAUCGAUGAAGAAUGUCGCGAAGCUCGACGUGGAGCUGACGGUGGAGGAGCGGAACCUGCUUUCUGUGGGCUACAAGAACGUGAUCGGUGCGAGGAGGGCGUCGUGGAGGAUCCUCUCCUCGAUCGAGCAGAAAGAGGAGGCGAAGGGGAACGAGAACCACGUGAAGAGGAUCAAGGAGUACCGGCGGAAGGUGGAGUUGGAGCUCUCGAACAUUUGCCUUGAUAUCAUGGCCGUGAUCGACGAGCAUCUUAUUCCUUCUUCCUCCGCCGGGGAGUCCUCUGUUUUCUACUACAAGAUGAAGGGUGAUUACUAUCGCUACCUGGCGGAGUUCAAGGCCGGCAAUGAGAGGAAAGAGGCGGCGGAGCUGUCCCUGAAGGCAUAUCAGAUGGCUACAACUACCGCUGAGGCAGACCUGUCUCCUACACACCCUAUUCGAUUGGGUUUGGCAUUGAACUUCUCAGUUUUCUAUUAUGAGAUCAUGAACUCACCUGAGAGGGCUUGCCACCUUGCUAAACAAGCUUUUGAUGAAGCAAUAUCUGAGCUCGAUACGCUGAGUGAAGAAUCUUACAAGGAUAGCACUCUGAUCAUGCAACUUUUGAGGGACAACCUCACCUUAUGGACCUCUGACAUCCCUGAGGAUGGAGCAGAAGAUGCUACCAAGGAUGGGGCUGGAAAGGCUAAUGCAACUGAAGAUGCUCAGUGAAGUGGACCAAUUGCAAGCGAUGAUGAAGUAGAACAGGAUGAGGAUUCUGAAGACAUCCUUGGUGAUUUUGUUCUGUUAGUUGAGUUUUCAAGCAUCUACCUUGUUCUUGUGCUUGUUUUUAUGGGCUUCAGUUGCUAGUCGGACAUAUAUGUAAGUUGGCGUCUGAAGAUCGUGUUCCUUCUACGUGUCAUCCCAUCAUUCCAAUGCUUCACAACUUAAAAUAUUGGUGAUAUGGUGUGACUGCUUUCAAGAGUUGUUGCAUUAAUUGGUGUCGAGCGAAGGAACACCUCUUUAGCUCAGUUUUUUUUCUUUUUUUUUUUCAGGAUGUGCAUUGUCUGGUUUUUUUGUCCCCUUUAAUUUGAACUGCUGACUGACCUUAUUCUGGUUAGUGAAAGAAGUGGAGAGAGACUAUAAAAGAGCUCACCAGGAUUUGACAUA